UCAUCCGCAUGUCGUUCGUCAAGGGCUGGGGUGCCGAAUAUCGCCUUAGUCCCAAUUUUAAAUUGAUAUUGGACCACUUUGAGAAGUUUGGAUCCCAUACAUCAUAUAUAGCCCAUCAUAGCCCAUCCUAUGGGGGCUGUCCUGUCCCCAUCCUAUCCUGGCACGCCAGAGCAAAUCCUGAGGACCUUUAAAUGAUUUAGUUUAAUAGCAAUAGGAGAAUGGCAAAGCUGAAGAGAUGUCGUACCUGCCUGGGCAGAUCAGAUGGCAUGGUUAACAUAUUCGAUUAUGAUCCUAACUAUUUGGAUGUGAAUAUUGCGGAAAUGAUAUCCCACUGCAUACGAUGUCCAGUUUCUAGGGGGGAUUCCCUGCCCGAAAGCAUAUGUAAGCCCUGCCUGAAGGAGGCCAAAAGUGCUUUUGACACCAUAAGAAAGUUCGAGAGGAGUCACCAGUUUCUAAAAGAGGAGCGGUUCUCCAAAGUGAUGGAUAAACCGGAAGCCACACGGUUAUAUUGCCAGGAUAAAAGGCAGGAAGCUGGAGGAGAUUGGCCAGAAGAAGGGUCACCGAAAGGCGAGACAAUAGAAGGACCUUCAAAAGUGAAGAUUGAAGAUACUAUGGUAGAGGCUCCAACAGAUGAGCCAUUCCCAUACCCAGCUGAGAUAGCACACAACAUGGUAGAUGUCCCUCCAGAAGGCUCUUCAAAAGCUGACCAAUUCCAGUACGAACUGAAAGUAGAGGACAGCGAUGAGGAGUUCCUAGAGGAGUUCCUAGAAGAGACAGCAGUUGAUGUAACCCACAUUCAGGUCAAGAACGAGCCAGUUGAAGACGAUCCUUCAGAAGAGGAAGACUACGGAAUGAGUUACCAAGCUAAGAGCGAGCAUAUGGAGGAGUAUGUCCCGGAGGGUACUGAAACAGGGCAGGAGGAUGCCAGCAGAGAGGAAAUCAACCGCAAGCACACAUGUCCGCAGUGCCCAAAACAAUUUGGUCGCAUGUCCGCCCUCAAGGACCACAUCAUCGUACACACCGAGGAGAAGCCCUACGAGUGUGUGAGCUGCUCGAAGAGAUUCAAGUCGGCCAGGUAUCUCAAGGAGCACCACACCAUCCACACGGGCGAAAGGCCAUUCAAGUGCACCCACUGCUCUAAUAGCUAUCGGAAGAAGACCUGCCUGCAGCGGCACAUCCAGACGUACAUGGGCGACCGGCCCUUCAAGUGCACCCACUGCCCGAAGACCUUUGCCAAGGACUACGAUCUGCAGUCGCACAUCCGGAACUAUUCGGGCGAAAAGCCCUACCAGUGCACUGUGUGCUCGAAGGCCUUUGCCACCCAGUCCGUGCUCAAUGUGCACGUCCGCAUCCACAGCGGGGAAAAACCCUUCAAGUGUCCCCACUGCGCGCGGGAUUUCCUUUGGAGGUCGAGUCUUCUGAGCCACAUGCAGCGACACUCCGACGAAAAGCCCUUCACCUGUUCCGUGUGCUCGGUUUCGUACAAGGAGAAGAGAUCUCUGCAGCGGCAUAUGCGCAUCCACAAGAAAAAGGGCAUACAGGAACUGAUCUCAUCCCAUAAAAAUAUGGAAAAAAUAUGAUAACCUCUCGUGAUUGAAAAUAUAAGAGUACCACAUAAAUGUUAUUCCAUGACUGAAAAAAUAAAAUUCCUUAAAUGUUAUUUAUUGAUUUGUUGUACUUUUUAAAUGUUUCCUACAUUAUUUUGAACUACAAACUAGUAAUUAAUUUUAGUAUGUAAGAUAUAUUUAAAUCCUAUUUUAAAGUACCCAAAAUAUACAACGGUAUUUAUAUAUAAAGAUGAAAAAUUGUAAAAAUGAAUAGGAUCUAAAUGUUUAAAUAUGUACCUCUAAAUAUUAAGAAAUGGCCUGCGAAUUUUAAAUUAAUAUAGCGUUUGUUCUCUGUAAAACAAGUUUCUAUGUAAAAAGUGUU